UACUGUGAACUAUAGUUUUGAAAAUAAAAAAUUUGUUGAAUGUCCGUCGAAGACCUUUGACUGUGUUUCUCAUAACUUCCCACCAAUAUAACACGAAGCACGUUACAUACUUCAGUGAACAAUGUUCUGAAUUAUCAACGGUGGAGUAUGGGGUUCCUCAGGGCUCGGUACUGGGUCCGUUACUGUUCUUGACCCUGUGGCUGAGCACUGAGUUGGUCCUCUUCGCUAAUGACACGAAACAAAUGUCUCCAUAAUUGGUUCAAAGAAAAAAACUGGGAGACACAGCUGAAGGUCUUUACAUCCUUAUGCUCCUACUUUUUUAAAUUUUCUUGAGCCUUCCUAACAGCUGGGAGAAAAAAUUGUCAUUUCAGGAGGGAGAAACUUUACCUCUAGGAGGAAUAUGUUUCGAAGAACUGGUAAACACGGAGAUAGAUAUGCCAGACAUCGAAUUUGGAAGUACAAAUGAUUUGGCCUUUUUGCCGUAUUCCAGUGGAACGACGGGUCUUCCAAAAGGCGUUGAACUGACUCACAACAAUCUCGUAUCCAUGAACGCACAAGCCAUACAUCCAGACUAUCAGCUUUUCGACACACCAUCAGAAACCUUUCAAGACAUUAUUCCUGGGGUCCUGCCGAUGUUUCAUAUCUAUGGGUUUACGAUAUUGGCACUGAAUGGGCUGGUCAAUGGAUCUAAACUACUAACAAUCCCGAGAUUCCAACCUGAUUUGUUCAUUUCUAUGAUGAAACAUCACAAAGUAACUGUAGUGUAUGCCGCACCACCUUUAGCACUAUUUAUGGCCCAACACGAAGACAUCAAAUCUGAAUAUUUCAGUAAAUUGAAAUUUUUGAUGUCUGGAGCUGCUCCUCUUGGAAGUAUGGAUGAGGAAAGGCUGCAAAAUAAACUUGGGAAGGACGUCCCCAUUCUUCAGGGAUACGGAAUGACGGAAAGUAGCGGUAUAGUAACUAUAUGUGCUUCGAAGAUAUUGAUGAAGUCGAUGAAAGAUCUCCGAGGGUCUGUGGGAAAACCAGUGCCAAACACAUUUAUUAAGGUAGUUGGAGUGGAUGAUACAACAGGUGAGCAACUUGGACCUAAUGAACCUGGAGAAAUAUGGAUCAAAGGCCCACAAAUCAUGAGAGGUUAUUUCAAAAAACCUAAAGAAACAGAAGCAGCUUUGAAAAAUGGUUGGCUGAAAAGUGGUGACAUUGGGUACUACAAUGAGAAAAAACUGUUGUUCAUCACUGACAGGCUCAAGGAACUCAUCAAGGUCAAAGGAUUCCAAGUAGCUCCGGCGGAAUUGGAAGGAAUCUUGAGAGAAUUUCCAGCUGUCAAAGAGGCUGCCGUCGUGGGAGUCCCCCAUCCCGUAUUAGGAGAAGCUCCCAAGGCUUACAUAGUACCAAAAAGUAACAUGUCGUUGGACCCAGAAGAAUUGCACCGUUUCGUGGCAGAAAGGGUAGCCAAAUAUAAACAACUUACUGGAGGUAUCGAAUUCGUUGAAUCUAUUCCGAAAAACCCUUCGGGCAAAAUACUGAGACGGCUUUUAAACAAAAGUUGAAAUGUAGCUUCAACCACGGUGUGAAUAAUGUGUGAAGCUCAAUAAAUUACCUUCGGUCAUAGGUGAAUAUUUUGUUUUAUCACUUGUUGAAUGGAAUAAUUGACCGAUACUUGAAGGAAAUCGGUAUCAAAACUUACCAAUAAAAUUUAUUUUGAUUUUCACUAUGGCCGGUCACGUGUUUGGUCGUUCAAUAGCUUUCUCUAGCAAAAUUCUGCCACGGUUUUGUAAACCUAUAAUGGAAAAUCAAAAUAAAUCUUAGUGGUAAGUUUUUUAGUACAAAUACAUAUUUUCUCAUCAUCCCAUGUUACUAUUGGUGUAUACUAAAUAUCCUAUAGUGUAAAUCAAUACCUUUUCAAUGUCUGAUACCUUACCAAUACGUUUUAAUGAAAAUACUUAGUAAGUUUCUAUCAAUAAAUAGGAAUACAUGUUUUUUU